GUCGUCAGCCUCUUCUACUUCUUCUUCUCUUCUUCUUCGAGUUACUUACUCCUCGUUCGCGCCUUCGCACAUCGGUAUCGAAGAGUUCGAUCUCCAGACGCAUAACUAAUAGUAUAAUAAUUAUAGAUGAAAAUUAUCACGUACGUACAAAACGCGCGAUAGGAACACCAGACAUCGGUAAUCACACGUAUUUAUGCACGGUGUUGAGUUUUUCGCGGAGCAGAAAUAAAGUGAAAAAGAAGGGAACAAAAUUCGAAAGUCUGUCACAAUUCCGUUUUGCAAUAUAAUUCUUAAUCACUAAUCGAUCGCGAUGAUUGGUUGAGAAUCUUUUAAAUUCUACGUAACCGAGCUGAUUUUUUCAUGCUUCGAAUACGCUCAUCCACCUGUGCAACGUAUGAAUGGUGCUAUUAAUAAACUUCGGUGGUGAAGUGUUCUAAAUCCGCGAAAAAAAGCCGCGUUGAUGUGUUCAAGAUCCCUAGCUAUUACGCAACGGUAGCCGGAGCUUUUUGUGAAUUGGAAGAACAAAAAGGACUCUAAUUAUCGUUACAUGUAUACAUGUGCAAAGAUGCGUGAAUUCCUACGCAGAAGACAUUUUUCUACUUUUUACAUAUGACCGAUCUGCAGUUCCCUCGAAAUCUUAACGCACCUACAAGCAAAUAUUUUCUGUCUUUCCAGCGCAAUUUAUCAAAUGGUUGUAAAAAUGCCGAGUAAUGAAAAUAACGAGCUAAAGAAAUCGUCGUCGGUGCUUCAUUUGGUUGAUUCACUGGUAAUAGUCUUCUUUGCAGAAUAAGAAACUGUAUCGCACUUUCUUGAAGAAUAAGGCUCGGACAGCCAGAUUUGACGUAUAUAUACUUUGACCUCUUUAAAGUAUAAAGUGAAGCCGUACGUAAGAAACUGGUCUAUAGUAAUCGCGGUGGAUUCGUUCCAUUUCAAAAUCUGUAAAAAAAAAAAACUGGUAAUUUAUACACAUAAAACGUCCGCGAUAAUAUAUGAAAGAUAUAAAAAGAAAAAAAAAUUUCAUCGAACAAAUAAUAUCAAUCGAUUGAAAAACGGGCGGAGGAAGCGGAAAAUCUCACCUGCACCGCAGGUGGUGACAAAUUAUGUUCUUGGGUUCCGGACGAAACGGACGGCCAACCGGCCCGGCAAGGCUAAAAGAUCUACGUGAAAGACGAGAGACGAUUCUCAACAAGUGGCGAGAUGAGGUAUGCAGUGGCGGGGAACUUCCGGAGGUAGAGAUCAUUAGCUUACUAGAAGAACAGAUUCCCAGGUACCGUCUUCGCGCCGACACUCUUACGCAGUUCCAAGGUUACGAAAACGCUGACUGGUUCAUCCCGACACCAGCAUUGAAAGUAGACGACGUUGAUUUACAGUUAUCCCCGGAUCAGAUACGGGAGACGCUAAACUACUUCAUUCUAUGUAGUAACCGGGUGAGCCAAAUGACAAAAACCUAUAAUGAUAUAGAAGCAGUAACCAGGCUUCUGGAGGAGAAAGAGAAAGACUUGGAGUUAACAGCUCGAAUUGGCAAGGAGCUGCUAACCCACAACCAAAAACUUGAAAGUAAUGUUACGUCGCUGGAAACAGAGCUGAAAUUAGCCAAUGAAAAAAUUACCCAACUGAGUCAUGAGCUGAUAAAGAAAACUGAGCUGAUACAAAUACUAACAAACGAUGUCGACGACUCGGGAUCAGAGAGUGGCACUCCAACGGGCCUGCGAGGGAUUAAUCUGGAUAUGAUGCAACGGAGAAUCAGCGUCCUUGAAGAUGAAAAUAAACAACUGCGUACAGAAUUCAAUAACUUGGUACACGAUGCCGAUGAUUGCGAGGAGCAGGAAGCACGCCUUGUUAAAGACAUCGCCGCGCAACUAGCGAGUGCCAACAUGGAGGUAGACGGCAUUGCGGAUGAACUGGAUCGCCAGAAGGAAGAGAACAGGCUUCAGCACGAGCAGAUAGUCAGUCUCACGAAUAAACUGGCUGAGACUGAGCUCAGACUUGCUCGGUUAUUGGCUGAACAUGACGAAGUUGGUGCCACGCUAGUCAUUACCAAGGAUAAUCAAAAUAUCCUUGCCAAUGAACUUGCUGAAUUCAAGGAUCGGUACACAGAGGUGGUGACUCUGCUAGCUGAAACACAGGAUCAGUUGCGUAAACAGAGGAAGAAAGGGAUGCCCAUUGUUCGUGGCGGAUCACUUUUCCCUUCACUUGGUGCUGCCCCGCAGCCGGACUCUAUAGCUUCAGAGCUCGAGUCUUCAUUGUAUUCUGAAGCAAGUCUUGAUUCCGGGAUCAUUAGCGAUAGAAUGCCAGCUUUCAAGAAGGUAUUCGAAACUGUGAGAACUGCUUCCCGAGCGUCGUAUGCCGGCAGUGUAGAUGCUAAUCAAUUCCCACGCCUCGGAUCUAUGACCACUUCAACUUUGUCUAGUGGAUCAUCAGGUCCUCGUAUGAGCUGCGGUGCAUUACGUCCAAUCGCAUCAUCAGGAUUUCCUAGUUUGGACUCUACUGGUCACAGCGAUAGCGAAGGCUCCCUGUUGACUGAUUCCGAGGAUUAUCCGGGCCCACAACAAACCGGAGUGCCAGGUGCGCCAGGAGCUGCGGAUCUCGAAGCUGCUCUACGUCGUUUAACCCCAGCGGAAGUAACAGCGAGAAGAGCAUGCUUGAGCACAGGAGCCGGCUACAACUACGAUUACGAUGCUGGAAUUCAGUCACCGCCUUCGUUUUUGCCAUUUGGUUGUCGAACACCUGACAGUAUUAUGUCGACAGGUAGCAGCGGUAAUUUGAGCGGGUUUAGCGGCAACAGUGGAAACGGAUGGAGGCUACCGGAAAAAUUGCAAAUUGUAAAGCCACUCGAAGGCUCACAAACGCUCCACCACUGGUCUCAGCUUGCUACACCGACUCUCGGUGGUUUACUCGAUGAAAGACCCGGAGUAAAGACGCGUGGAGGUAGAGCCUUGGAAGAUCUUGGGCUCGAAACAUUCACUUUAGCUGAUCUUGAAGAGGACGAAGAGUAUGCCAAUCCUGGGAAACUGUUCCAAGACACAGGAUCCGUCUAUACAUUUACAAAUAGUACGGUUAUGCAUCCCGACGAUCACACAAGCGUAACAACCAGCGUUGUAGGAAGUCGAAUAGCCACAGCACCCAGCAGCGCUCUGAACUCUGGUAUGAAUACACCGAGAACUAUGAGUCGACGCAAUUCGACUUCGACUUUCUCAACGACCUUGGGUCUCGCGAAGAUGCUCAAUGAGAGAGGCAUCAAGGCUGUGACGCCAUCCUGUGUAUCGACACCUAGUGGCGAACGUAACUUCACGCCAACCGCUACCCCCUGCAAUAGUCCCGAUGGCACUCCACCGCCUUCCAGGUCAAAUUCUCCACCGCCUUACAGCAGUCCUUUUAGACUCUUUAGCACUGGAGCUGAACUCUUGAAACGCACUUUUGGUGCAGAAGAACAAAUCCAGGUACGCAAGCCGAAACGAACGAAGCCCACGCUUAGUCGUUCAGAUAAAAAAGCUUUGACCGGAAUUAGACUGGUUGAAAAACUUGAGCGCAUAGGGAUAGAUACAAUAAUGGCGACUACGGCGAGCUCUACAAUUUCACCACUGGCACUUCAAGGAGCUAUUUACACCCGACGUUCUAUGGAUAGUCCGAUGGCUCAGUUAACAUCGCUCAAGACUUCCAUGUCUUCUAGUAUUAGCCAAGAAAAGCUUUCAUCUGCUUCGUCUUCCUGUUCAGUGGACAGCGAUCCCCUUAUCAGAAAGCCUCCUUUACCCCCUGGCAAAUCAAGAGAAAAGGAAGCUGAGCUUGGUGUUCCCGUUCGCCCAGGAUCCGGUGGUUUGAAUGUCAGACUCGGCCAAUUAUCAAGUCGUCAACGACGUUCUGGCGCGGGGGCAACCCGUCCUGACCUUGGCAAGGUGAAGGCAACAUCUGCAGCUCCAAACGUUAAAGAAUCCGCACCACAGUCAGCAUUAGGUACUAUAAGCUCACUCCUUUUCGGAAGAAAGGGAGGACUUCUGUAAGCACGUUAGUGAUGCUGAACUAAUGGCAACGUAGCAGUUUUUAUGCAGAGUUCAAAUUUUUACUACAACUAUCGGAAGCAAUUAGUACGGAGAGACUACGUAUAGAGAUGAUUUUUUCCCUCCGUUACAUGGCAAGGUGUGAAUUUCGAGGUAAGUGAUCAAGAAAUUUUAUUGGCGAUAUGAUAUUUUUCAAACUCCGUCACUUCUCUAUCCAUAGUCAAUCUGUGCUACCAAAAUGCGAGUUUCAAAUAUACACCAAACCCAUAAGGUACAUCAAAUCAUAUUAAUUUAUUAGAUGAAAUCAGUAAAUACACUCAACCGUGAUUUUAUAUUAGAAAACUUGCUUUUACAGUUGAGAAUUCCUAAUGUACAUACUGAGCAGUAUAAAUAAUUAAUAGUUACCUGUAUACCUGAUUGCUUUCUAGAUACAUAUAAUUUGAUAUACAUACUCAGGUGUGUGUAUACUGAUUAGUGUUACUACAUCGGUUGUCAUAGUGACGCUCGCUAACGUUAGCCGUAGAGUCAAAGUUAUCGUAACAAUAGGAUAACUCAAACCUCUUACGUAGACGUUUAAAUAAUUCAUCGAUUAAUAACUGUUAUCCAUAAAUAGAGAAGCUGAUCAAGCUCAAAAAUAUUAUGCUAAGUGAAUUACUGCAACCAUAUUUACCGAGCAAUGUAGUCUUCGGGCUUCACCUAGCUACAGAUACGAUUGUCAAUACCGAUGAUCAAGGGUAGGAGAAAGGAAGAAAUCAGACUCGCAGUUAUGAGGUAGAAAGAAAUUUCCCUUAUUCUCAUACUUCUACUCAUGAGCGACUAAUCUUUUAUCGAAGGCAGGUAGCUCUUCUUUUUCCUAAACGAUUACUGCUCGUAUGUUUGUUGUAUUCAAUAUUCAUUAAGAAUUGGUGAUUUGUUUCUUCCUCAUAAUUGUUCUGUGUUGUGGGCUUCAGUAAAAGUAAUAUGCCGUGGGAAGGUGAGCCAUGCACAGAAACAGCAGCAAUACGAUAUGCAAAACGUGCCCGAAUAUAAUAAUGUAAUUGUACAGUACAGUAGGAAGAAAGUUAUUGUAUCGUGUGUAUAUAGAUGUGCAGGUGCGAUGCACGGAGGUAAAGAAAAUGAGAGAGAAUGAGACGUUAGUUAGUUGUUAUUAUCCGCUUAUCCCGCGGGUGAAGUCAAUGGGAAGCUAGAAAAUUCGUAGUAGAAUGGGCCCCGAGAUUGUUAUUUGAGCACAAAUUCUUUAAAUGAGUCAUUUGAACCUGGUGCUAACGUAUUUUUAAUUAUAUAGCCACGCACUCUUCUUUGUUUUCUAUUUUAUUUAAUUAUAUUUGUCUUCGUUAUGCGUCGGUAAAUUAUUUUGCAGUUGUUAUUUCACGUUAACUUUUUAAUCAACGAUGAUCAUGAAAUUUGCUGUUGUCAGUCUUUGGAUCUGAAGAUUGUGCAUUCAGCAUUCAAUAAAGUGAUGGGAAUUCAAUCAAUUAUGGUGGCGUUUUUCGUAUUUCAGCGAAAGGAAUGAUAUUUAUUUGAUUAAUUCAUCCACGUGAUAUAGUGGGCUCAAUGACCACCCGCUUGUUUCAUCAAAAAUUUUUACUUAAGGACAGACUUGUGAUUAAAAAAGUGUGUUUACCUCGAUGCCGCCUUGUAUAUAGACGUACAAAUGAAUAAACGUUAAGUUGAAGAAAAAAAAAGAAUCAUGUAUAUAUAACAUAUAUGUAAAUGAGAAAUUCCUUGUUGCUGUCCUGUGCCGUGAGCUGCUGCUUAGCUUUGUUCGCAUCCUUUUGUUAAUUUUCCUUUAACGAAGGGCCUAUAAGUGAACAGUAAUUAAUCAUGGGAAUUAUGGUGAGACAAUUGAUAAACUGGUGUUACUGUAAAUAGAAAGAUUAGUAGAUAUUUAUAGAUUAAUUAAGAAUUCGACGAUGCUGAUGUAUGACGCUAACGCAGGGAAGGCCUAACCGAUUUUUAUUCCGCUGCAAUAAAUUCAUGUAGGUCGAAAAAUCGUGGUGACGGAUCUGCAUACUAUCUAUCAUACAAUAACGGUGUAAUAUAAUUUAUGAUAGUUGAAUCACUUUAUUGGUAGAUGAAAUUUCGGUCGAUAGCUUUCGAGCUUCGUACCAAAUAAAUUUAACAUGUACAAUGAACAUCAGAUUCGUUAAUUAUAAUUCUCUGUCUUUAGCAAAUAUCAGCCGAAGGAUAUAAGAAGUUGAUUUAAGUUAUUUAUUUUUUUGCUAUCGAUGCCUAGUUUGAUUGAUUAAUUCGUAUUUUUUACUCAUGCCAAGACGCGAGUGUCUGUUUAUUCAGCUUUUUCGUCGCUAAAUUUUCAUUCAAGGUGUGAGCGAAGGUUUUGAGAAGGACUCGGAGGGUGGUAAGUUUUGGCUGUAAAAUAACACAGUACAAAUUAAACCGCUGAGACAGUUCGUUAAUGUUCAGCGCAAUCCCCCUCGCCUUAACUUGAUAAAAUUAUGUUUUAGUUAAAACGUUCCUACUAUACCUAUAUUCGUGCAGUUUGUACUCUUACGUUUAUAUACGUGCAUAAUUAUAUUAUUGUCGUAAUUUGCACCGUAAUGACAAUGUUACUAUCAACAUAUGUUUUGUGCAGUAUAUACAUAUAUAAUAACACGUACGUACGAAUUGAACAAUAAAUAUAUUUAAAUAAU